AUGGGCUCCAUCACAGAUCUCAGCAACGUCCAAGGAGACAUCCUUCUCGAUGGACUCAACAAAGAGGUGGAGACCUUUGCCUUUUUCAACAUUCCUAGCGGACAAGAAGCAGCCUUUGCACGAGCCCUACGCAAUGUUGCACAGGAAGAGAUCACAUCAACUCAAAACGCUCUGUCUACUAAGCGAGAUAUCAGAGAUUGUCGUUCCGAUCCUCAGUUGGGCGCAGUAAUGUCAAGAGUUCCAACGGUCGGGGCAAACAUUUCCUUCACUUUCAGUGGUCUGCAGAAGAUUUCCCGCGUCGUGAGUGGUCUCGAUGUACAGAGCCUAAGUGGCGGCAGCUUUGGCAGCGGCAUGAAGCAAACCGCCGUCAGUGGCUUGCAAGAUCCUAUCAAGCCGGAUACCCAAGACCCUGCUUGGACUGAUCAGUGGCUGAACAACCAGUUGGAUGGUGUACUCCUCGUGGCCGGGCAGACAACUCAGCUUGUACAAGACAAGCUCAACCGCAUCACGCAACUCUUCGGAGCAGCUGUCAAGAUCGCUUUCAAGAUUGACGGCAAUGUCCGUCCUGGCGACCAGAGAGGCAAAGAACACUUCGGCUACCAAGACGGCAUCUCACAGCCUAUCGUUGGAGGCUUGCCGGGCCUGACCAAAGAAGAAUCAUUCGUUCCACCCGGGCAGGAUAUCAUUGACCAGGGCGUCAUACUGUGCGGCCGUCCAGGCGAUGCUCAAGCCCAAAGCCGUCCGCCGUGGAUGCUCGACGGCAGCUUCUUAGUCUUUCGACAGCUCAAGCAGAACGUCGCCGAUUGGGACGACUUCUUGCAACAGUCUUCCAACACCCUCGGUACUUUCAAAGAUCAACUCGGUGCUCGUCUCAUCGGUCGCUGGAAGUCGGGCUGCCCAAUCAACCUCCAAGCAGACUUCGAUGAUGUCAACAUUGGCAAAGACAAGAUGCGCAACAAUCUUUUCGAGUACGACCCACCGGGUCUAGACAAGAACAACGAUUUCACCAUCACGUCUGGCAUGCGCCUUGUCUGUCCCAUCGGUGCCCACAUCCGCAAGACGAACCCUCGGGGAGAUCAAUUCGGUCCCAACGACGAUCCACGCAAGAACGUCAACCCUCACCGUAUCCUUCGCCGAGGCAUUCCAUAUGGUCCCGAGCAAGAACAGGACCCCUCAGCUGAGCGUGGCUUGCUCUUUGCUUGCUACCAAAGCGAUCUUGACCAGGGCUUCGACUUCAUCCAGAAGUUCUGGGCCAACAGCACUACAUUCCGCUUCCCUGGCGCUGGAGUCGAUGCAGUGAUGGGCCAGACCAAUACUUCUCCUACCGUCGGCAUGAAGGGCCUCUUCCCACAAGAUGCCAAUCGUGAACUUCAGCUGCCAGGAAUCAACCGCUUCGUAGUACCUCGAGGAGGAGAGUACUUCUUCUCACCGUCGAUUCCAGCUAUGACUGGAGUGAUGUCGAAUGUGGUGGCAACGAGUGGUGAUGCUAAUGGUGCAAAUGGUCAUGGACAGGUGCCUCUCGGCCACUGA